AUGAAGUUGUUUUCAUCAGAACACCAAUUUGCCUAUCCAUGGGAACAGGUGACUGCUGCCAACUGGUUAAAGUACCCGAAUGAGGUAUCUACUCAUGUGAUAGGGGUAGACGUGCUGCGUAGGGAAGUGGAUCCAAGCUCUGGCAUCUUGACUACAGAGAGACUCUUGACGUGCGAACAGGCAAUUCCCGGGUGGCUCAGACAUCUUGUUGGUGGAGCAAGUCGUUCAUAUGUGCGUGAGAUAUCGCUUGUGGACCCAAAGCAGAAAACUCUCACAAUGCGUUCGUGCAAUUUGACCAUGUGCAAUCUGCUGAGAGUGCACGAAACCUGCAUAUACUCGCCUGCUACAGACGGGUCAAGUACCACGUUCACUCAGACAGCGGAGAUUACCGCGUACGCUUCGUGGAAGAAAAUAUGUGACAAGAUCGAAGACUGGAGUGUCGAAAGGUUUGGCCAAAACGCCAUCAAGGGCCGCACCGGGUUUGAGGGGGUACUACAGUUAUUCUCGAAGAUACAAGAGGGUGGCAAACUGAUAGACGAGGUUGCCGGCAAAGGUGGAAAGCUGAUUGACGAGGUUACUGAUAAGACCUCUAUUGUGUUGAGCGAGGUUACCGAUAAGACGUCUAGUGUCUUGAGCGAGGUGACCGAGAACGUGAAGAGAAGCAUUUUCAAGCCAUAG